UUGGAAGAGAUCUAGAGAGGCUUGAAGUGCUCCAGAUCUAGUGUUUGACAUGGCCCAAAAGUUGGAUGGCCCUCCUAGGUUUACCGGCUCGGACUUUUCGCUAUGGAGGUUCCAGUUCACACUAUGGCUAGGUAUUAAGGACCUAGAAAGUGUGUUGGAUGGAUCGGAGAAGCAACCACGAGCUGACUCUGGGGAGGCGUCUACUGGAGCAACCAGCCAAGUGGGAUCCGGGGCUGGGGGAGCGUCGUUGAGUGGGGGGAAUGAAGGAGGAACCGCUGCAAAUCGAACCGGAAGGUCGCAACCAAGUCGCGAGGAGUUGCUCAAAGCUCAAGAAGCAUGGGAUCGGAAGGAUCGCCAGGCAUUUCAGUACCUGUGUUGGGCUUUGGAGGGGCAACUUGAGCUUCUUAAGAUGCUGAUUGACCUGAAGGGGAAGGAAGGUGCAGCAGCUGCAGCUUGGAAAAGAGUGCAUGAUAGGCACUUGCAGAAAGGGCUUCUAAGCGUGCUUACUUGGCGGAAGCGGUUUUACACCAUGGAGCGGAACUCUGGGGAGGGGGAGACCAUGGUUCAGUAUCUCCAGAGGGUGGAUGAGAAUGUGAGGGCUUUGGAGGAGCUAGAUUACACGGUAGAUGAGAAGGAGAUCAUCUAUACUGCACUCCAAGGGUUGGAUCAAGCGGCUAAUGAGGCAUUACUACAGUACCUUCACCUCGAGCAACAGAAAUGGACCAAGGUGUGGAUUUGGGAGGUUUUAAUUUCUGAUGAGGCUCGCAAGGUUGAUGCUGGAAGAGGCCUAGAAGGAGGCAUGGGGGCAGCAGAUAAAGCUUCCUUCAGGAAAGGCUAUCAACAGCAAGGAGGUGGGGGGAAGAAGAAAGAGUUGGACAAAUGCCUUGUGCCCGGAUGCAACAAAAAACACUCUUGGAAGAGUUGCUGGAGUAGGCCUGAGGGAUGGAAGCCUCACGGCUACUCUGGAGAGGCCCCACCAGUGACCAAACCUGAUUGGGUGGAGAAAAGGAUGAAGAAGGGGCUCUGGAAUAAGAAGGGCAGCAAGGGAGCAACGGCCGCAGCUGCUAAGGAUGAGAAGGGGAAGGGCCAAGACGACUCCUCCGAUGAUGGUUUCUCGUUUCUCAUGCUAGGGCAGGAUGCAUCUCUCACUGGUCGUGCAUUGGCUGAUCCCAACUUCCUGGUUCUAGACUCUGGAGCAACAUCUGGGAUGCUUCCUCGCCGUGAUCUUUUCACCUCCUACCAUCCUCUCCCACCAAACUCUAGGAGAGUGAUUGUUGGGAGCGGAGAUUUGCUGCAGGCAAUUGGCAUCGGCACGAUCACCAUUAAGGGGAAGGAGGGGGAGCUAGUGGGUGUGAAGGGGGUCCUUCACGUCCCUGGUUUGGCUGCAAACCUCCUUUCAUGCUCGCAGCUGGCUAAACAGGGAUACAUCUGCACUUUCACUGAGGGAGGGUGCACUGUUAGAAAGGGUGAAGCUGUGGUGAUGGAGGCAAAGCUGGACAAGGGUUUAUACCUUGUUCCAGCUUGUGUGCCUAAUUGUUACAAGGCACAUAUGGUUUUUUCUGAGGAAGCCGCUUGUAGCACUCGCUGGAGGCAGGUGGAAACGGUGUCACCUGAGUUGCUACACCUUCGCAUGGGGCACGCGGGGAAGCAGCAACUACUUGAGUGUGUGAAGAAGGGGGAGCUGAAGGGGGUGGAGGUCAAGGAAGGAGCUGGGCAGCAGAGAAAAUGUCCUGACUGCACAUCUGGAAAGCUGCCUAGAACCUCAUUCCCUAUCUCCUCUGAUCAUGCCUCGACUCCCCUUGAGCUUGUACACACGGAUGUGUGUGGACCGAUGCAAACUCCUGACCGGGAAAGGGGCAGCAGGUACUUUGGCACCUUUCUUGAUGACUCCAGUCGACUUAGCUGGGUCACCUUGGUGAAGACCAAGGAUGAGGUGGCAAAGGUGUUUAAGCGGUGGAUACGCUAUGUGGAGAGGGAAUCAGGGGCCAAGAUAAAGGUGUUAAGGUCAGAUCGGGGUGGAGAGUACCUUGGGAAAGAACUUCAAAUCUUCUUGGAAGAAAAGGGUAUUUCCCACCAGCUCUCUGUACCUUACACGCCGCAGCAAAAUGGGGCAGCGGAGCGGCUUAACAGGACUUUGACCGAUUUGGCUCGGGCCAUUCUUGCCCAUGCCGAGCUUGAUAACACUUGGUGGGGGGCAGCAGUGCAGUAUGCCAACUGGGUGAAGAACAGGAUGGGCAGCAAGGGGCUUGGAGGCAAGAGCCCAUACUCCUUAUGGACAGGGAAGGUGCCGAAUGUUUCCAUGGCACGAGUGUGGGGGUGCAUGGCACAGUAUAAGGUACCUGACCAGCAAAGGAGGAAGCUAGAUCCUAAGGCACAGUGGGGGAUCUUCCUUGGGGUUUCUGAGAGGAGCAAGGCUUGGGUGCUAUGGAGUGUAGCUGACCAGCGUGUGAUGGAGAGCCGUGAUGUGAUUUUCCAUGAGGGGCUGAAUUAUAAGGGGUGGAAGGAGCGUGGUGCAAGCCAUAGUGGGACUUCCAAUCAAGACCCUCAUACGGCCUCUAUCUUUGAGGGGGCAUGGGAGGACCCUGGAGAUGAUGGGGAGGAGCAGCAGGAGGAGCCAGAACCAGCUGAUUCUAACCAUGAGGAGUCCCGAGAGACAGAUUCUACCCCUCAGCCAGCCACGCAGGCCGAUGCGCAUGAUGAUCAGCCAGAGCAGCAUGUGCCUUCAACUCCAUCGAGAAGCAGUUGGCAGCAGUUGUUGAACCAGCAGCUGUCCAAGACUCCAAGGACUCCAAUGAAGAGGGUGACUUGGGAGGAGAAGCUGCAGAGGCUGGAAGAAGGAGAGGCAACACCUCUGCGACGCAGUGCUCGAAUUUCCCAGCCACCUGAAAGGUUUACCCCGGGGCACAUUGCACGCAUGCAUGAUCAUCUUGUGUCUGAUUUGGAUGAUUGCAUGCUUGUGGACAUGCAUGGGCAUGAGUAUGCUCUUGAUGUGUGUCUAAUGGGUCAGGUACAUGAGCCUAGGUCAGUCCACGAGGCGCUGAACCGUCCCGAAUGGGUUGAGUCCAUGCAUGAGGAGCUUGAGUCUCACAAGGUAAAUGGAUCAUUUGAGCUGGUUGAUCCAGCAGUGGUACCACCUGGUUUGGAGUUCCUCAGGUGUCAAUGGGUUUGGAAAUACAAACAUAACCCUGAUGGUACCGUUGAGAGGCCUAAGUCCAGAUUGGUGGUGAUGGGAAACAUGCAGAAAUUGGGAGUACACUAUGAAGAAGUCUACUCUCCAGUUGGGAAGCAUGCGACCUUGAGAGGUAUGCUUGGAAUUUCGGCUGCUUUGAAGCUUGACAUCCAUCAUAUGGACUUCAAGACAGCCUUCCUCCAUGGGGAUUUGGAAGAAGAGCUUUACAUGCGGCAGCCCCCUGGUUUUGAUGAUGGGUCUAACCGAGUGUGUCGCCUCAAAAGGUCCAUUUAUGGGCUGAAGCAAGCCCCACGACAGUGGUACCUGAAAUUUGAUGAGGCUCUCAUGGAUUUUGGGUUUGAGAGAUCUGAGUGUGACCCUGCCUUGUACCACUUUGACUUGGGGGAGGUGAAGUACUACUUGGGAAUGCAAAUUGAGCGUGAUGAGAGUGGUAUCUUGAUUCAUCAAGAGAGGUACAUUCUUAACAUGCUUCAGUCCUUUGGUCUUUCAGAGGCCAACCCCGUGCGUACUCCUCUGCCGACAGGCUUUGAUGUGCAUGCCUAUGAGGAUGAACCUUUGCUGCGAGAUGAGCUGGUCAAGCUCUACCAAAGCAUUGUGGGAUCCCUCAUGUAUGCUUGUACUACCACACAGCCGCAGAUUGCAUUCGCAGUCUCACAGCUAUCUAAGGUCGCCUCUUGUCCUAAACUGUUCCACUUGCAGGCCGCUAAGAGAGUGCUGAGGUACCUGAAAGGUGGUGUCAAGUCAGGUAUCUUCUUCCAAACACAGCCCCAAUCUCAGGUCCAGCUGGUUGGCUUCAGUGAUGCCGACUAUGCUGGAGAUUCCGCAAGUCGCAAGAGUCACAGUGGGUAUGUGUUUUGCCUGAAUGGGGCAGCUAUCUCUUGGCAGAGCAAGAGGCAGCCCGUGGUGGCACUCUCUACCACUGAGAGUGAGUACAUAAGUCUGUGUCAGUGCAUUCAGGAGGGUGUGUGGCUGAGGCGUUUGUUUGGGGAGUUUGGCCAUGCUCAUACUGGUGGUGUGCCUGUGUUUGUGGACAAUCAGUCUGCCAUUGCCCUUGCACAGAAUGCAUGCUUGCAUGGCCGCACCAAACACAUGCAGCCCCAUGAUGACCGGGUUCCCGCAGCAGAUGCCGGCGUCUUGGUGCUCCUCUCCUUGGCGGACUCCAUGCUCUGGGUGGCCCCAACCCAUGGGCAAGGGGGAGUGGUGUGAAGUCUUUUGCCCUAUGGUGUUGAGCCACACCCAGCACGAGCAAGGGGGAGUGAUAAAUGUGUAUUAUUCUG